AUUCAGUAAUCCCGAAGAAAAUCUGUGGUGUUUAUAAGUUAUUUUUCUAUUCCGAUUUUUAAAGCUCUGAUGACGAUGAUGAUGAUGAUGAUGAUGAUGGCGUUGCUGAUAAAGAACGACGCAAUUCAAUUUGCGUCGAUCUAACCCAGGACUGUCCGACGGUGCGUCUACCAAUACUUCUCCUUAACGAGAUAAAUAUGGAGUUCUUUAAAACGCAUGGAGUGCUGCAGUCUGCCAGAGGAACAAAGGGGAAAAUAUACGAGAAACUUCCUGCAGACAUCAGGGAGGCUGUCAUGAAAACCCAUCGGCCAAACAGUUCAAUAAAUGAAUUUUUUGAACGUUCAAAAUGGAGAAUGUAUCUUCAGUUAAAAAACAGAGCUGCUGUACGAGACAGGCGGUCACCAACCCUGGGACUUCUGGGUCACAAAGGACACAAAGGUCAUCACAUCGGUGGUCAGUACGGAGGAGGAUGCGGCUUCUGUGGCGGGGGUGGCCACCAUGGCGGCGGCGGAUUCUCUGGGAGCUCGGCGCAGGCGUCAGCUGGAAGCAUUGGAGGAGGUCAGGGCCCGCAUGGGGUCUCUGGAAGCCAGAGUAUCGCCUCUAGUCAGAGCCAGUCUGCGACUUUCGGUUUCGGCCCGUUUACUGCCAGCUUCUCACAAAGCCAGGCCAACGCCGGAGCUGGAGCAGGUGGCAGAGCUGACUAUGGCCCCGGUGAUUACUUCUAAAACGACAACUUGAAGCAGUAUUCAGGAACGUCGCACUAGAGGUUUGGCUAGCAUUCCAAAGAUUCCAAAAGCAAAGAAACGUAAUGAUGAAUCCACAAAGUAUUUUCUCAUCAAACAUUUCCUGAUCAUGUAA